AUGGUGAAAGAGACCAAGUAUUACGACGUCCUUGGCGUUCAGCCGAAUGCAACAGACAGCGAGUUGAAGAAAGCAUACAGAAAAUUGGCACUGAAGUAUCAUCCGGACAAAAAUCCCGAAGGAGGAGAACAGUUCAAACUUAUUUCGCAGGACCGCACAUCUGCUCACUUGCCCCCUAAAUAUCAGUUCCAGUAA